AUAUGGCGAAAGCAAAGCCGGUGAGCGAGUUUUGCUUUGUUUCGGGAAAACUAUCAGGGUUCGGCCGAACUUGGCUGACCUGGCAAUUCUUCGAGAGUCUGAAGAGACUAAGAAGUCCUCUAGAAAGGAUGUUCUAAUUGUUCAACCAUAUAUGAAGCAUCCUUUGCAAAACAGGUGGACUCUCUGGUUUUUCAAAAAUGAUAAAAGUAAGGCCUGGCAGGCAAAUCUUCGUCUUGUUACUAAAUUUGACACUGUGGAGGAUUUUUGGGCACUGUACAAUCACAUUCAACUUGCCAGUAGGCUGAUGUCCGGUUGUGAUUACUCUCUCUUUAAGGAUGGUAUUGAACCCAUGUGGGAAGACAAUAGAAACAAAUGUGGUGGAAGAUGGUUAAUCACACUGUCCAGGCAGCAAAGGAUGCUGGAACUAGAUCAGUACUGGCUAGAAACAUUGCUAUGCCUUAUCGGAGAAGCCUUUGAUGAUUAUAGCAAUGACAUAUGUGGUGCAGUAAUUAAUAUCCGUGCAAAAGGAGAUAAAAUAGCAAUAUGGACCCGUGACACGGAAAACGAAGAAGCAGUUUUACACAUAGGAAAAACCUACAAGGAAAGGCUUGGUCUUCCCAGGAAGGUUGUGAUCGGUUAUCAAGCACAUGCAGACACGGCAACAAAGAGUGGAUUGGGAGUUAAAAACAAAUUUGUUGUCUGAAGUUUUUUCUGCCAAGCUUUAAAGCUGUGUAAAUGAACUUUGUAGCACUUAACUCAGUAAUGUCAAUUUGUGCAGUUGAUUUUGGGAGACUAUAUGGCUUUUUCCAAACUUACCUGUUGCAAUGAUUUUUGGGGAAAAAAUUAUAAAUAUAUUUGUGCAAGGUAUUUAAAUUGAGAUUUCAAUUGUCACUAAUUAUUGUAAACUAAGUAUAUUUCUCAUGUCUUCAAUCAAAGCAUUUACUUUUUUUUUUGGUUUUAGACUAAAUUUGGGGGGGGUUAAAUUUCAUCCUCCAGUAAAACACAACUGCCUUAGAUGGAAGGACAAAUUUAAUUGCGUGACUUGACUACUUAGACUGUUUUCCCACAGACUGUAACUAGAGAACCAUUUUAGUUAAUACUAUAAAGGGUUUUUUAGUUGUAGCUAUGUCACAAUAUGCAGGUUGAAGGUAGUGUUCUGAUGGCACAUGCUGACUUUGAAGUGAAGCAAUGCUGUUUAUUCAGGCAAGAAAUGAGUAAUUAAACCAGAUAUACAGUGGGAACAAGUGUCCUGUUGUUAGACUUUGACCAGUUCUACAAUGGCCAAGUCAGCAACCUUCCAUACUGCUACCCAUUGAAUAGAACAGCUGAUUGUUGUCCCCUUUUGUCUUAGAAAUCCCAGCUAGUAGGGAAAAAAAUUUCUUUCCCUUUACCCUUCAACUUUGGUACUGGGUAAUCAUUUUUUUGUGGCAGUUGAGACCAGGUCCUGGAUUCAGAUAGGGAUGUUUUUAAGAAAAUUGAAGAUUUGUGGCAGGGAAAGGACAAUAGAUAAUUAUAGCUGUUGUCUUCCAAAACAAUAACUGGCUUGUGGAUACUAGUUCAUAAUUACAUUAAAGAUGGUGGGGUGGGGGGGAAGUUGAAGCUUCGAAACAACUGAACACUGGAAACUACACCUACCUAAUCUGUAUACCAGCAGCAAGCUCGGAUAGGGUACCUGUCUGAAUUUGGAAGAUAAUGCCAUAGCUCUGCACACAAACUUAGCCUGUAGUUAGUUACUCAGGAACAGAUUUCAUUGCCUGCUACACUGAUUUCAAUGGGUUUUGACUUGUGCAAAGAAACUCAUACUCUGAAUCAAGUACACUUCUCUAUCUGUGCAUUUGAAACGUAUAAGGCAAACUGUCAAGUUUUGAGAAUGAAUUAAAGACCUUUUUACGAAUAGGAUAGUUAA